AUGGGGUUCACGUCCCGAUUUCUCCGCAUUCCGCGGCCAGAGACCUUUCUCUAUGUGAUGAGCUUAGAGACUGGUGCUUCUCUGAUCACCCUAUCUCUGCUAUUGAAUAAGAUUAGUGGCCUCUAUGGCCUACUGGCCCUUUUGACUGGGUACCACCUGUCGCCCGUCCAACUGUCGAUGUACCUGUACUCCCUUGUCGCCCUCGGACUCGCCGCACUCCUAUUCCCUCACAUUCGGAAACAAUCACCUCUACAAUGUCUCUCCCUCGCCUAUCUUUACGUCUUCGACAGUAUGAUUAAUGCCGCCUAUACCGCCGCCUUUGGUGUGACUUGGUUCCUGGUGGUGUCGCAGCAUUACGACAGUGGCAAGGGAGCCGGCCCAGGCGGCGACACCAUCGCUCAGACCGCUGGCUUCACCAGCCCGAAGUACGAUGCCGCCUACGUCGAAAUCCAAAACACCAAAAACGGUAACAACUUCGUCGCCCACCCACCUCGCAGCGCCGAAAACCUGAGCAAUGUCGUUCUCCAGCCCGAGAGCCUCCAGAGCAUCAUUUUCAUCUCCCUGCUAUGGGCCGUGCGUGUAUACUUCGUCCUGGUUAUGCUCGCGUUCGCGCGCCAAACUCUUCGCCUUUGGGUUGCUAUUCCCCGUCACACCCAGCUCCCGACCCACAGCCGCAAUGUGUCAGUCGCCAGCGUAGCUGAUAUCGACCGCGAACCCUUCUCUGUCUAUAGCCCCGACGGCCAGGGUUGGAAAGGAAAGUUGGGCCGCAUUAUGAUUGGUAUUGGUCACAACUACUGGCUUGGCGAAGAGGAGGACGGAAACUGGCUCAGUGGAAUUAACCACAAAUUCCGCAACCGUUCGAGCCCUACCGAGCUGCCUGGUGCUCUGGAGAGAGAGAGAAGACGUCGUUCCGGCACUGGCCCCCCACAACCAUCGCGGUCUGUCGUUCAGUCUGCUACCAUCCAACAGCCAAUUCCCGAGCAUGUGCCAGGAAUGAAUGUCAAAAUGCAAGAUUGGAAUGCGCCUCGAUAA